GAUCUCUCACUCGAGCACUGUAUUGGUUCUCCUUCGUCGAGUGUAGAAAGAUUCAGCUGAAAGGAAAGAAGACCACUUGUUGUCGGUUGUGACAACCACGGAAACCUGAAGUUUGUGACUUAUUUGGAGUGUGGUGAUUAAUUAAAGGCACAGAUAUCCAAGAGCACAUCCAAUGAUUGAGAGAGAGCGCAUUAACGAGACCUGUAUCCGUCGCAACGGUUUGGGAACCCUGCACCAGACCUAUAAGUGGCUCCAUAUGACCCCGGAGUUGCACGAUCAUCUCGUCGAAUUGGAAGGCACUGACUGUAGAGGUUUCAAGCAGUAAUUAGGCUUCCCCUACAAACUCCUCUGCACUUUCCCCUUUCAUACGGGCUCCGCUAACCUUGGGUGGGCUAGCAAUGAUUUGCAUGUUUUACUAAUAUAUUGAAGCCUAGGGGUCAUUUCUGCUCCAUUCUCAAGAAAAAAGUGGAAAGCCAGUUUGGGAAAAAACGAUUUACGCUUGGAAUAAAAAUUUACAUGACUGGCAAUCAAAAUUUGUAAGCCAAAUAAUUUUUUUUGGAGGAUACUGCCAUCCUUCAGAACGGCUUGAACCUUACGUUGUAAAAUUGCCUGAUUUGAAAUUAACCAUAAAGAUGAUGUCCCUAAGGAACGUUGCCAAGUUUGCCCAGCAGUGUGGGUAUCGCCCAUCUCUACUGGGCACCUCUCAAGGAGCAGCAGAGUUGUGUGGGGCACGCCCUGCUAGUACUGGCAUAGGCUCUGCCAAGGCUUCGGAAGGGGCAAAACCCAACGCCACCCAGAAACCUGUCAAGAGGGUAGUUUUCAUCUCCCAGUCUACCGACGUGUACGCCAAUCUCGCCUUUGAGGACUGGCUGUACCGGAACUGGACUUUCGACAGGCGGCAGAUCCUCUUCCUGUGGCGAAACUCUCCUUGCGUGGUGAUUGGCCGUCACCAGAACCCGUACGUGGAGGCCAAUUUGCCGUAUUUGGAGAGUGCCAGGGUUCCCGUGGUCAGGAGGAACAGCGGCGGAGGCACUGUCUACCAUGACGAGGGAAACCUCAACCUGACGUUCUUCACUGAGAGGAACAGGUACAACCGCAAGGAGAAUCUCGAGGUGAUUUGCCGAGCCCUUCAGGAGGACUUCGGCAUCGACGCCCAGGCCAACGAGCGCGAUGACGUCAUCGUUAAUGAUAUGUACAAGGUGUCAGGAUCUGCAGCCAAACUAGGACGGACUGCAGCUUACCACCACUGUACACUCCUCGUUGGAUCUGAUAAAACCCAGCUGAAACUUGCUCUUCAGGGAGAUAAGAGUAUUGCAAGCAAGGCUACUGCAAGUGUUCCAGCACCUGUAAUGAAUCUCAAUGAAGUAACUUCAGAAAUAACUGUUGAGGAGCUCAUUAAAAGCAUUGGCCAAAAGUAUCUCGAGACAACAGGGAAAGAUGGAAAGCUCAUGGCAAAACAGAAUUAUCAAAGGUCAAAUGGCUACACCCUUGUCAACCCAACAGAUGAUUGGUUCCCUGGUUUGGCAAAGUUGAAAGAGGAACUAGCAUCUGAGGAGUGGCUUUAUAACAAGACCCCUCGGUUUACCAUAACAAGACCAGUUACCCUUCCUGAGUGUAUUGCACAUAAUACAACUGUCAGUGUAACAGUCCAG